GUUCAACCACGUCCGAUUCCAAGACCACCAACGCCAUGCUGCAAGGCGGGUGAUCCCCAAUGUCUACUCCUCCGGACAAUGAUGCCGCAUACCAUGACCUCGCUCAUAUUUUCUCAGCUAGACAUCAAGAUAACCGCGUCCUAGAAAUUGAGAUACUCCCGCCUGGUCUCGGACCGCUUCUACAAGAUGGAGAUUCGAUUGGCAUUACGAAGAAGCACUUGGUUCAGGCUUUCGUGACUGCCAGACGGAUAUUUUUCGAUGCCUCUUAUAAUGCCUCUGACUUCCACGAUGCCUCUGACUAUGAAGACCUGUGCAAGACCCCACGGGACGGACACCCGGUCCAGAGACAAAGGGACGACCUGCUGAAUGCCACGGAGAUCAUCCUCCUCUUCGACUGUGAACACCUGACCGCAUGCAAUUGGCGUAAAAAGCGUCUAGCUGGUCUGGUCAAGCGCUAUGGCUCCGCGGAUGCUGACCAAAUCCGUCGAGAGAUGCUCAUUCGUGAAUUGGACACAGAACUCUCCCUGAUGACCUCCUAUCUCUGCUCCCCGCUGCACCGUCAUACGAAAUCUCCGACGCUAUGGAACCACCGUCUAAUGGUAUUGACGCGAGUGUUGGAUGUUCGAAACUCAGAGUUGGCAGAAUCUUUUUCCCAACGAGAAGACAAAGGGCUCCAAGAGGUGAUAAAGAAAGAACUAUCCGUUGUCCUUCGGUCCGGAGAGCUGCAUCCGAGGAAUUACUACGCCUUUAAUUAUGUGAGGCAACUCCUUGAGCUUUUGCCGGAAACUUGCGAAGACACAAAAGACGCUGCUGCGCUCCGCGGUUGCUCGGUCAUACAUCUAGUCUUAGAUUGGUGUCUCGCUCACCCGAGCGAUAUUUCCGGCUGGAUGUUUACUCUCUACCUCCUCGAGACCGUCCAUGAUGAACAAACCCGCACAGACAGCAUUGCCCGGGUGCUGCGUUUCGCAGUGGAUGUUGGCUGGGAGGGCGAGAGUCUCUGGACGUUUGUGGACUUGGCAAAAAGAAUUCCAGGAGCAGGAACAUUAACAAAAGACCAGCAGUGUCGACCUCCAUGGGAUGUAUUCGCGGCACCGUUCUUGUCAGAUGCUGGGCCGGAAAAAGGGUGGAAGGCCUGGUUGGGAAGGGCGAGGGCUGCUUGGAUUGCGGGUCAUAUGGCGGAUAACCGGGCGGAUGGAUAACCGAACCACCGAGUCGUAUAGGUGAUGAUGAGGCGGAAACCAUAUAUCAUGAAGAUAUCCGGUCCGCCAGAGUUUCGGUUAGAAGAGAAUAUAUUGUACAUCAACAGAACAUGGAACAUCUUCUGCACCUUAUGCGCCGUCUUUAUGCAAGAUUUGAACGCUAUUGGAUCAUGUAAACGCCUCGCUAAAUACCAUGUUCUCGUCAUAUGCGCCAACAGCGCACACCCACUUGACAAGCCCUUUGCCACAGGUCGCAGCCAGAUCAUAUCGCAGGCCGUUAUGUUAUCCAACAUCAACAAUACCCACUAUAAACAGUCGCAAGUCUGUCCCAAAAAUGAACGUAGGCGGAUAUUGGGAUGCUAUACGAAAAUCAGAUGUGAAGAUGGUAUAUAUAGACAAACAUCGUGCGAC